UCCCUUUUCAGUCCGUGUCGGAGAUUAAUGAUACUCAACUUUCAUUUUAUGCAUCUCUUGCAGCUGCAGAUAUUGAGAGGUUGUUGUGACGUAAUACAGAGCAACAAUGUCAACACUCACACAAAGACACAAAAAUCAAAUUUCCCAAUGGAUUGGUUCACCGAAAAGACAAAAGUUCACGUUGCUGUACAAGAUAAGCCGUGACGGGUGUAACGCAAAGACCUUUCAUAGUUAUUGUGACAACAAGGGACCGACUGUUACCGUCCUGUAUAACACUGACUACUCGGUGUACGGGGGAUACGCAUCUGUUAGCUGGAACUCCAAGGGUACCUAUAGCACUGAUCCAAAAGCAUUUCUGUUUAAACUGGAGUACAAUGGGUCUGAAGAACCAGUGAUGUUUCCAAACAUAACCAAUGGAACGAAUGCAAUCUUUGGAAGUUCUUCCUAUGGACCAACAUUUGGAAAUGGAAAUGACCUAUGUUGUUUCACAGAGACUGUGAGUAAAUCGGGAUCAACCUUUCCUUUAAAUGGUAACACCAGCGGACUUGGAAAUAAUUACAGUUUAAAGGGAGAGAACUACAAUUCUGUUAUGAAUGGACAUUUACAGGUGAUGGACUUGGAGGUCUACAGCGUAGAAGAACAGCAGCUGUUUCAUAAGCCCUGGAUUCGGGAUUUUGACUGGAGUCGUAAGCUUGAGGAAGAGAUCAAGGACAAAGUGGCCACAUACAAACCUUUACCUGGACUGGACCUUCAGCAGGCGAGGAUUCUAUUGGUCGGACAGGUCGGGGCUGGAAAGUCGAGCUACUUCAACACCAUCAACUCCAUCUUCCGGGGACAUAUUAGUGCCCAGGCUAAUGCAGGCAGUGCUGAACAUAGUUUAACAACAUCUUACCGGAUAUACCAAGUGAGAGACGGAUAUGCUGGUAAACCUUUCAAAUUUAGGCUGUGUGACACACGUGGUCUUGAAGAGGAUCAGGGUCUUGAUGACCAUGAGGUUGGAUACCUACUGGAUGGUCACGUACCAGACAGAUACAAGUUUAACCCUGCGGUUCCACUAUCACCUGAUGCUUUAGGAUUUGUGAAAAGCCCAAUGUUGACAGAUAAAAUCCACUGUGUGGCUUUUGUGGUCGAUGGUAGUACUGUGGAUGUUAUUCCUGAGAAAGUAAUGGAGAGGGUCAAGGCCAUGCAGGUGCGAAUGAAUCAAAGAGGAAUACCACAAGUUGUGCUCUUGACAAAAAUAGACAGGAUCUGUGAGGAAAUCUCCGACGACGUCAGUAAAGUGUUCUUCAGUCCGGCGAUGAAAGAGAGUGUGGACAGGGUUGCCAUGGUGAUGGGUUUACCCCGGUCACACAUAUUACCUGUUAAGAACUACGAGUGUGAGGUAGAGCUUGAUCAGAACACCAACAUACUGUCACUUCUCAGCCUCCGACGAAUUCUACAUUUUGUGGAUGACUUCCUGUACAACAAACUGGACGAAAUCGAAGCUGACCAGUUGAAACAAGUUAAAAUCAGCGAAUGAAACCAAAUUUAAAGUGACGAUAUAUUUCCUAUGGUGCUUUUUUAGAAUUCAUCAAAAAUCAUUUCUAUAUGCAUAGCUUUGUAAACAUACCAUGUCAUUGUUUGUAUACCAUGUCAUUGUUUGUAUACCAUGUCAUUGUUUGUAUACCAUGUCAUUGUUUGUGUACCAUGUCAUUGUUUGUAUACCAUGUAU